CAUUUGAUACGGGAAGAGGGUAUGUUAUAGAUAUCCGUGCGUAUCCAUCCCGUUUAUGUAUCUCUCCACGCCUACCCCCCUCCGCCACCAACCCACCGAUUCACUCGCCCGCGGGGUAGAACUCGCAGUCCUCGCCCCUCCUCGCGCGCGCACACGAACCCUCAUCGCCCACAAUGACCCUCGCAAGUUGACCAACUCAACACGCCCGCGACAUCAACACAACCCCGUUCGACGCACGACGACUACAUACCCCCUCCGCCGAACGCCAGUAUAUAUAUACUCCCUAACCAAGCCCUCCUUCAUACCUCCGACACGCGCUACCAGCAUCCGCCACACACAAUCGCCCCGCCACCAUGCCCCCUCCCCCGCUCUCCCCGCACGCCCUCGCCCGCCAGCAAGCCCGCGACGAACAGCGAAAAGCGGACGAGAGCUGGAAGGACGUCGAAGCCGCGAGGGCGGGAACGAAGCGCAGCAGCGCGCCGGACGACGACCUCAGGCAGCAGACGCUCCGGGAGAAGCUGCGCAAGACUAGGGAGGAACAAGCGCUGGUGCAGAGGCAGAUCGAUACGGUAGAGCGUAGGGCUAGGCGAAGGAGUGGCGGCGUUGGGGUUUAUGAAGAUGAGGAUGCGCGGGUGGCGAGGGAGGAGGAGGAGGAGAUGGAGGAGCUGUAUCGACGGGCCGGGGAAUUGGUGGCAAGGGAGCAGGAGAAGGAGAUGGAGUGUGGGGAGGAGGAUGGGGACAGGGAGAGCUCGCCUGUUUCGGAGCUGUCGCGUACGCCUACACCGCCGCCGCAUAUGGUUCGGGAGGAGACGAGGUGUGGCGAGAGCCGGAAGCGCGCUGAAGCCUUUCGACACCCGCCUUCUACGUCGUUGAUUCGGUAUAUGUCUAAGAAGAAGCGGAGGGGCGGAUCGAUGCCGGGUGGCGGCAAGAGUGAGAAGAUCAGCCUCAACGUCGCGAAGCUGACGACCGCCGCUGCGUCGACUUCCGUCCGAACCCCGGCGAAGGCUAAGAAUGCACGGAACGCCUCCGGGAACACCAACACCAACGCCAACCACUCACCAACUUCUCCAAACACCAUCAACACUAACCCUGCCGCCCCUACCACCACCACAAAUAACAAGAGCGCCACGAACAACAACACUCCCUCCCACCGCGCUACUCCACCCACCCCUACCACUAACAACAACGACAACACUACCCCCGCCCCCGACGACCCCACCCUCCUCCAACGCGCGCUCAGCUUCACCGUCCGCUGGCUCGCACGCCACGGCAACCCCGCCCUGGGCCCCGUCUUCGCCGCCCUGCAGUCCUCCGCCCAGGCCGACGCCUCUGUCGCCAACGUCCUGAUCGCCGUUAUGCGGCAGCGCGCUACGGCGGAGGAGUGGGAGCUGUUUCGCCGGUGGGUGAAGAAUGCGAAGAACGGCGAGGAGGGCGAAGGUGGAGAAGAAGAAGGCUGACAAGGAUGAGACGAAAGGUGCGGCAGCUUCGACAGCACGAGCACGAGCUGGGGACCGCCCUGCGAAGAAGAAGCGAGGGGCAUAGUGUAUACAUUUUAGGUUGGUGGUGGGGUUUUGGGUUUGAUGUUGGCGUGAGUGGAAUGUAGGAUGUAGGGAUGGUACUGAUAUUCCGGACGCUGGAUUGGAUACUUGUUUAUAUAUGGAUAGAUGUAAGUGGUAGAUAGAGAGUAUAAUGUUUGUUUGUUAGGUUGUGGCUCAUUGGUUCAUUCAGCAUGACUCAGCGAGAUUUUCUAACAUUAGUUCGAAG